AUGGAUUCAUCUUCAAGCUCAGAUGAAGAAGAAGUGAGAGGGAACGAAAUCGUUCUCAAUGUCGCCAAUACUCAAUACGAAGUAGUCCAAGAAGUCGCUAACAUUCUAGGCUGAAAAAUAAGUUUUGACCCAGAAGAUUCUGAAGCAGAUGUUUAUUGGCAAGACUCUGCUUUAUCUCCAGAAAAGCUUUCUCAGCUGAAGACAUUUCAGCGAAUUAACCAUUUUCCUGGGAUGUACGCAGUGGCUAGAAAAGACCAUCUUGGCAAAAAUUUAAAAGCAAUGAAACUGAUGUUCCCUGAACAUUAUAACUUUUUUCCUCCUACUUGGAUAUUACCUAAAGACUUUAACGAUCUUAAAACUCAGUUUAACUCUAAAAGAGCAAAAACCUUUAUAUGCAAGCCUGAAGCAUCUUGCCAAGGUCGUGGGAUAUUUUUAACAAGAAAGUUAGACGAAAUCCCAGAGCACUGUGUAGUCCAGAGAUAUCUUCAUAAACCUUAUCUAAUUGAUGGGUUAAAAUUUGAUCUUCGAGUUUACGUUUUAAUAGCUGGCUGCGAUCCUUUAAGGAUGUUUAUUCAUAAAGAAGGCUUAGUCAGGCUUGCCACUGUGCCUUACCAACCACCUGUCACAAGUAAUUUGGGCGACAUGUGCAUGCACUUAACAAAUUAUGCAAUAAAUAAAUUUAACCCUGAUUUCCAAUUCAACACGAAUGAGACUGAUGAUUAUACUGGCCACAAAAGAAGUUUGAGCACAUUUAUGAAAAAACUUGGAGAGCAGGGCGAAGAUGUAGACGCUAUUUGGAAAAGAAUUAGCGAUGUUAUAGUAAAAACUGUUUGCAUUGUGCAGCCGCUGUUGUCGCAUUUAUAUCGAUCUUGCCAAGCUGCAGAUCCUACAAAUUCGAUCUGUAUGCAGAUUUUGGGGUUUGAUAUAUUUUUAGACCAUAAGCUUAAAGCACAUCUAUUAGAAGUCAAUCAUACCCCAAGCUUUACGACUGAUACACCUCUUGAUUCAAUGAUUAAAAAAGCUGUGAUUGGAGAUGCUCUUAGAAUGAUGGGGCUGCAAAAAGGUAACAGAGCUGAAUAUUUGCAAAGACAUCAAGGAAUGGUGUUUUUAAGGGCUAAUAGAGGAAUAAAGGAAAUAAGAAACAUGAGAACUGAGCUGCAGGCUAAAUCAUUAAAAGAGAAAGAAGAGCUUGAAAAGAAGUUUAGAGGAGGGUAUACAAGGAUUUACCCAACAGAAGAUAAUACACUGUAUGAACAAUUCAUGCUGGCGGCUCGUGAUAUUUGGCUUACAAAUGUAGGAAUUAAGCCAAAAGUCAAAAAAGAAACCAAAGAGCCGAACCCGCCUCAGAAGCUUGCUCAGCCAAUUCCUCCUCAAAUUCCAGCUGCAACUCCCUCUCCAAUUUUAGUUUCAAAGCCUAAUCCUAUACCAAAGCCUUUGGGCUCUGCAAAUAGUCAAAAUAUUAAUAAGCCUAAAAAGACAGCUGUUUCAGCAUCAGUUUAUAGAUUAAGCAAAAGUACAGAGCGUCCUAAAGUCGUUAAAGAAACAAAGUUACCUGCAUUGAAAAUAGUUAACGGAACUUAUAUUCAGCCUAGACUUUUUGAGUUUAAUGAUUCAGCGUUAACAGUCAUAGCAAGAGAAGGAUCAAUCAAAGCAAGGUUCAUGCUUAAUGAAUAA